CCUAAAUAGAUUUUUAUCCGGACUGGGAGGAAAAAUGGAAGCCGGAAGAAGCACUAGUAAGUCACAGAGCAAGAAGAGCAAGAAGAAAACGGCUGAAAUGGAGUUUUGCCCAACAUGCUCGAGCUUGCUGCUUGUGGAGCACGCAGCAAGGCUGAGGUAUUUCUGUCCAACUUGUGCUUACAUUUACAACAUCGAUCACGAGAUAACCAAGAGGAUUCCACUCAAGAACAAGGAAAUGGAUGAUAUUCUUGGAAGCGAGGACGCAUGGAAGAAUUGUGAUCGGACGCCUAUCACUUGUGCCAAAUGUAACCACGAGCAUGCUUAUUUCAUGCUAGUUCAAAUCAGAUCUGCGGAUGAACCAAGCACUGCAUUUUACAGAUGCUGCAAUCCAGAUUGCUCCUACCGCUGGAGAGAAGACUAGACCCUUACCUUUGUUUUUCAUAGAUCUAUUUUUAGUAUUUCGUUAAUUUUACUUUAUUAUUAUAAACUUUUAAAGUUAAAAACAGUAGUUAUGUUUUAGGUAA